AUGUCGACCUUAGGAAUAUCCCAUUACGAGGAUGGGUUCCGAUUGGGUGGGCCACCUUCGGAGUGCUCCCUCCGCAGCAAGGCGCAGAUCGACGCGCUGUUCGAAGACUCCAGGUCGAUCUGCAGCUCGACGUUGGGAGGGUGGUACGCCGGAUUGUCGGUCGUGAUCCCGGGCAACGACGCGAACGAGGAGCAGAAGAGGGUGAACAGCGCCGUCCAGGCGCGCAUCGAGGCGAUGUUCGCCUCGGUGGAGGCCGAAAGUGGAACGCCCGGUGAAUGUGCCGCCGCAAUCCUGCCGGUAAAAUACAUGGGAGCUGCCCCAGUUGGUGGACGCGUGGCGAGCGUACGAGGUCUUCAGGAACCCCUUCGUCAGCUAUUGGAACGUAUGGAAGGAUGCGUGAGGGCCGAGCUGGAGGUCUCCAGGCGCGGACUGACGUUCCGCACGAGCGAAGUCUGCGAGAAGAAUAAUCCUUUCCGCAGAAUAGCGGUAUGGAGUGCCCUGCGACUCCGAUGUAAGAGAAUACCAUCGGGCGAUGUGCAUCACGCCUUUUUACCCUUGGUCGGCGACCAGGACCAGACGAUGGAAGACAAGCACGCCGAGCUCUACAGGACAAUGCGCGGUUUAAAGAAUGAAGCGAACUUCUAUCCUCCGAUCUUUGCCGUGGUGAUGCGACGACCUGGUGCCGCCAGGCUGUUGGAGUGCCACGCGUUCGCCUGCGAAUCCGAGGAAGACGCAAUAGCGGCCGCGGCCACGUUGUAUCGCGCACUUCUCGCCGAUCUGGACGCGAAUCGACGACGACCUCGUCACACGAACGGUGUCGGCUGCAUCAGUCUGGCCUCCGUUGCUUCCAGCGUUCGCGAGCCCAGUCUCAGCAGCAGGAUCAGUUGCCUGCUGUCUCCGCCACCGAGGCCGACCGCGCCGCAUCCUGUGAGACCGCCAAGAACCAAGAAGACCUCCGUCAGCAGCUCCGUCACGGAGGACGAAGGCGGGAAGCCUAGCUUGCAGAAGGUACCACGUAGAAAGAAGAAGAACUCCGACGUGAAGGCGGAGGACAUUCUUGAGGCGCGCGGAAGAAAACGAGACAAUGCCAAGCUCGAGAAGAGCAAUCUGGGACAGAACAAUCGAGAUAUCGUAUUGUCUAGAAACGAGGAGCUACAAAAUUCGAAGAACAAGAUGUUCUCUGCCAAAGAUCAGAAUUCUUUGAGGAUCGAGAUAGAGUCCAACAAUCCCGAUAAAAUUUACAGCGCUUGUGAUAACAAUACAAAUGGAAUUUACGAGAGGCAGCCGAACAAGUAUAAGAAACUGUACAAACGGAACAAUCCGAGGAGGGAAUCAGCAGAUAUGAAAGAUGACAUUUACGAAAGAAAUUAUGGAUCGUACGAUUUAAAUCGAGCAAACGCCGGGAAUUGCGAAUUAUACUCCUCCGGAAUCGACAGCGUUCUGAUAUACGACAAGGUCAAUAAGACCGGAAGAAACGAGAUGAGCUGUGCUUACGAGCAGGUCGGUAGAAAGAAGGAAAAUGUUUACAGUCCGCGCAUUGAGGACGCCGAUAAGAUCCACAGUCUGGGGACCGAGGACAUUUACACGAGUAAGAACAACAGAAACAGCCAGAUGAGAAGCUGUCAGGAAGACAUCUUCUACGCGAAGAACUUGAAGAAUAAUGGACACUAUCAGUCGCACCACGAACAUUCGGACGGCACGAUAAAUCAACAGAGGCGCUCGAGGGACCCGGAGAGAGCGUACUCCGGCAAAAGAGUCAGCCGAGUCGUCACCAUGGACAAACCGUUGAGGAAAGAGCAAGCGGAUUAUUCGUUGAACGUGCCGGAGUACAGUCAUCCUCGGAGAAGAAGAAGCAGAGCGGGCAGCGAGCCACCCGUCAGUCAUUCGGAGAACGCGAACAGGAUCCUACAGGAGAACGCGCUGAAGAGGUCGCAGAGCGACGUAGACGUGGACAGGGGAGACCUGAUGACGAGAGUCGAGUUGCCUAGAAGAGGCAGUUUCCUAACUUCAGGAAGCACUCGGAGAACCAAUAACGUCAAAGGCGGCACUCCGCUCGGAUUCACGGAGCUGUUUGACGAGUUCAGGAAUCAGGAGGGCUUGACCAGCGUGGAUGACAUUUUGGCUGCUAUCAUAGAUCCGGAAGGUAUGUCGUUUAACGACUUGAAGCCGCUGUACAAGGAGUUCUUACUGAAACUGGCCGCGACCUUAACGCAAGAUGAAUUGUAUCAGAGAUCCGCCAGUAUCAUGAAAAGACGGCGAAGACCACAAAGACGAAGAUCGAGUCGUCGAUCUUGUUUAUUGGGCAGAGCCAUAAAGAGGUCGGUUUCGAGAUUGAAAGGUGGCCCCACGGAAUUCACUUCCGUGAUAUUCCCGGCGAGAAGAUUGAACGAUAGCUUCGGCAGUAGCUCGUCGUGCGACGUCAGGAAUAAUCAUCGUAACCGCGUGCUGGCGAGUAGACUCGGUAGGAGAAAAUCCUCACGGAGAAAGAGCAAGAACGGGAUAUGUCACACAACUUCGGAAGACAGUGACACAUGUAGACGACUUAGUCGCAGCAUGGGUGCCACCGCGAAUAGGAGCAGCAGCGGAUAUGUGAGCUGCAGCGAAUGCAGCUACGACUCCGAGUCGUGUACGUGCGUAUCAGCGGAUAAGUGUUACUGCUCAUUGUCCAGACGAGUACAGGCUACGCCUGUACCGGGAAACACGGUUGUUUGCGCUUGCGACACUGACAGUUGCUCCGAGAGCAACAAGUGUUAUUGCGCAAGGAAGCCGAUACAGCCGACUAUACUGGAGCAACUCAGGCAGAAGGGAAUCGUGCCGUCGGAGAGCACGCUCAGCAGAGGGGACAGUCCCGAGAGGAUCCGAGGUUCGAGAUUGACUAGUAGUCAUAGUUCGUCGCGCAACACCGACUUCCUCAAGAACCGAUCAUCGCCGGUUUGCGGUAGUUCGGAUAACUUGGCCUUAGACUACGAUCUCUUCAGUCCAGGGAGAAGAUCUCAGCAGUCGUCCGGCAGUGAAAAAGUCCUCGUGGUCAGCGCCAGAGAUACUCAGGGCCGUUUGGUUUACGUCGGUGGCGCAGAACGAGACAAAAAGUAUUCUUCCCGCGGUAGCGGCAGAUCCGGGGCGCAUCACGAAGCGCUCUCUAUUAAAAAAAGCGCGGAAAUCGCUGCGGUUUUCGGUGCAGGCGAGAAUCGUGUCACGAGAAGGGCUAGUAACGCGUCGAGUACGAGAAGUUCAAUCAAUCUCGAAGCUGGACUCGGCUACUUACCUUGAAAAUAUCUAAAUUAUAUCUCCAACGGUACUCUCAUAUAUCUAAUAUUUAAUACUAUGAUAUUUGUGUAACGUCUUGCCAUUCGCAUUAUGAUUGAAGGAUUAUUCACGAACAUAUCGUGAUUCAAUUAGUCGUUUCUCGAUAAAUAAUAUGCAACUACUUGUACCUGUCUUCAUAUUGAGAGAGAUUUUAGCGCGUAAAUUACAGUAUAAAAUAAAAAAAUAUUAUACAUUUUAUUCCAAUUUUAAAGACCAGUGUUUAGAUAAGCGAUAAAGAUUAAGUUAUGAUAUUUCUUUACGCUACGCUGGACCUGAUAGCUUAUUAUUAAUGAUAAAUACGGGGCAGUGCAAUAUGAGAAAUGAGAUACAAAGAAUCGAAUGUUAUAAUUACCUUUAACUUUUAUGUUCAUUUCUUCGUUCGAUAAGUAUUACGAGUAUGUACACUGUAUGUGCAAUACUUUUAGAAUAUU